AUGAGGUAUCGCCUGCUCAUCCCUAUUCUGACUCUAUUCCUCAUUGAAACAAAUGCAUCAGAUGCCGAAUACAAGUUCGUCGUUGUUGAAGGAGAACCCGUCACUCUGAAUGCGUCGGAAUCUGUUCAAGUGGCGAGUUUCGACGAGUGUACGGACAAAUGUGAACAAAAGACAGAGUGUGUUCUCGCAUACCAAUCCAACUCAUCCGAUCCCUGCUAUCUUUUCGACUGGAAUUCCAUCACUCAAAUCAUCAAAAAUGAGUCUGGAGGCAAUGGAACCACUGCUUUCAAGGUGUAUACCGAUCAACCAGCUUGUGAACUCAAUUCGGCAUAUCUUUUGAAUGGAAAAACUUAUCCGCUUCAUCCAAACGACACUGCUCAAAAUCUAUGGAGAAUCGACACUGCUGAAGAUGGAUGGACAAUUACUUACAUUGAUACAAAACCAUCGGAGAAUCUGAUCUGUGGAAAUUUCACACAUAACCGCCCUUAUAAAGAUGGAUGUGAUCCAAAAUGUCUCAUCACAAUGGUCCAGCUCUUAGCAGUUCCUGGACCAUUGACCGAUAUAUCUUAUGAUGAUAACAUGACUACCUGGAAUGAGUGUCUCUAUCAUUGUCACCGUACGCCUAGCUGCCUUGUGGUCUAUUUCAAUCCCGAGUUGACGCCCAUGUGCCGCACGUUCACAGGGGAGAGAAUAUUCUUCCUGAACAGAACAGAGGCUAGUGAAAUGGGAGGACAACAUUUGGCACUGAAACUUCCGCUGAGCAAUAAAUCAUGCUCAUACACAACCGAGGAAUUGUUGAAUGACAAGUACUAUUAUCCGAACAACAGGAUUCUCCAGUUUUUUGAUAGAACAUUUUUCCGGAUAAGAACCACUCCAAAGUAUUACAAGAUCUCGAUUUAUCAAGAUGAAACGGUUAAGCACAAUCCUAGGGGACCCGGAUGCGAGAUGAACUAUCAAAUAUCCGUAAUGUAUAACGAUGAUAAAGACGGAAAAAAUUUACCAGAUCCGAAUCCGAUCCUUUGCAAUCGCAUCAAAAAGGCGCCAGGCAUCACCGCCGAUGCUGCCAGAGAGAUUUGCAACGAAUGGGAUGGCGAGUUGGCGACAGAACGCUUUUUCGGCUACUUCAAUCCAUGCACCGUUACUGCGGCACAAUUACUGUGCGAUGCAAAUGAGUCGUACGGAUGGCAAUACGGUAUUUCAUGUGCUCCUGGUACUCCGAGGAUGUGGGUGGGAGUGAGGAAAAAUAAUGUGACACAACAGUUCCAAUGGGCACGACCAGAUUGGGCGUCUACAACCAACUCUAAGAUUUAUACAUGCAAGUUCCCUAAGGAGGAUCCAGGAGGACCAUGGUUUAUGAACAAAGUUGAGUACACUUGGGCACCUGGACAACCGGAUAAUAGCCCUGGAAAUGACUGUGGCUAUGUACAAAUCGAAAAAAACAUUACUAAUUGGCCAGGCUAUGGAUUGUACUCAAGCAAAUGUGACGUUGGUGGAACACAUGGAUUUGUGUGUCAGACACUUAGGCAGAUGGACAAAGGCAUUCCAAAGUUUAUGGAUAUUCUCAAUGAAUAUGGACAGGAUCCAGCGAAGAUCCAACAGCACCCAUACAAAAUUCAAACGAAGUAUGAUCCGGGCUACGGGCCAUGA